GUUGUCGUUCUGUUUUUAUGCUUGAUUUCUAGUUUAUGCAGGGUUAUUUUCUUAUAUUGAUAGUCAGGUUUCCAUUUGUUUUUGGGUCUUAUUUGAUUGUCAGAUUUCGAUUUCUUCUUAUCCAUAUUUUCGAGGCUUAUUUGGUUUGGAUUGUUGUAUUUAAUGACUGAUUUUUCUAUUUCUUAGGAUUAGAUGGCUAAUAUUGACAGUCGGGUUAUCAUUUUUCAUGUAUUAUCUAUGGGUUUAUGGGGUUUCCUGUGUUGGAAUAUGUUACACUUCACAUCUGUUACCUACUGACUUUCUCUGUUCUUUCUUAUAUCUAUUUUCAAUUGUGGUUUGUUUUAUUUUUUUAUUUCUCUCCUGUACCACAAUUUCGGGGUAGGGGCGAAAAAAACAUUCAUUGGCCCAGGUGUUCUUCUCUCAACACUACCAACAUUAUGAGUACCCCUUUGUUGCAUAGCAACUUCAGAGAUAUCAUCAUCAUCAAAUAAUUGCAUAUGAAAUUCGAAGUAAGUAAACCAUGAAAGGCGGAAGAAAGAAUCUGAAAAGAGCAGCUAUAGAAAAACAUGUAUCCCUUCAAGAUGGCCAGCGCAUAAUGCAGGUGGUAUCUCUUCGUGGUUCAAAUCUCAUUGAGGUAAUGGAUGAUAGUGGGAGAAAAUCUCUAGGAAUAUUCCCAGCCAAAUUUCAGAAGAGUAUUUGGAUAAAACGAGGGAACUUUGUUGUGGUCGAUGGAAGUGGAAGUGAGAAAGCCCUUGAAUCAGGCAAUAAAAUAACUUGUAUGAUAUCGCAAGUGCUCUUCCAUGAGCAAGUUCGUACUCUUCAAAAAUCUCCAGACUGGCCUGAGAUUUUCAGAACGACUGCGUCUGUUGAGGCAAAAGACACAGAAACAACGAACGAGCAAAUGGAAGAGGCACAUUGUUCAAGUGAUGACGGCCUCCCCCCACUCGAAGCCAACCUUAAUAGAGUGAGACUAGCUGAAUUACUCACCGAUUCGUCCUCGGAUGAUUCGGAUUCUUAAGUGUAAAUAAUUGCACAUCUGGGUUUUAUGUUCUCAUUGGAAUAUUUUUGUGGGGUGAGGGAUCUUUGUUAUUGUUUUUAUGUUCUCAUUGCAAUAUUUUUACGAGGUGAGGGAUCUUUGUUAUUGUUUUAUGUUCUCAUUGCAAUAUUUUUUGGGAAGUGAGGGAUCUUUGUUAUUGUCUUUAUGUUCUCAUUGCAAUAUUUUUGCGAGGUGAGGGAUCGUUGUUAUUGUUUUAUAGUUAAGUGCAACGAUGCCCAAGAAGAGUUGGCAUAAUAUUAUUUUUGUAGUGGAUCCAAUUACAAUCUCACGUCUUGGUGAGCUUGGGAUUUUAUGAUAUCUUUCUAUUGUUCAGUU